CUCUAUACAAAUAAGAAGCACAGAGACCGUAGAUGAUUUGUUCUUCUCUUUAGCACCACAGAAACAGUCAUCAUGACUUUAUUUCAGCUCGUCUUAAUCUUGAUAUUAAGUUCCUGCAUGGCACAGGAUGAGGAUAUAAUGACUCCUGUGGUGAACAUCUUCCCUGAGUUGAAGGAGCUUAAAGCUUCAAUUAAUAGACUGACAACGGAUCUGAACACUGCUAACAAUGAACUCGCAGAGCAGAAAAGCUUGAUUCAGGAGCUGCAGAAACAGAUUAAAGAGAGUCCUAAAGUGGCAUUUACUGCAUCCAUGUCAGCUACAGAGAGUACAAACCGAGGGCCUUUUAGUACAGAGACCAAGCUCAUCUUUGAUAAAGUCCUAACCAACAUUGGCAAUGCAUAUGACCCAAUCACAGGAGUCUUCACAGCACCUGUUAAAGGUGUGUAUUACUUCAGGUACUCAGGCUCCGCGUUUUCCUCCCAUGAUAUGGGUCUGAGCAUCUUUAAAGGCACGACACGAUUUGUGUCUUCAUACGAAUAUAAUUCUGGCGAGAGAAACGACCAAAUGGCCAAUGGAGCUGUGAUGGAGCUGGAUGUUGGCGAGGAGGUUCACAUGAGGCUGUGGAUCAGAUCCUGGAUCUUUGUGGAUCGACGCUACAACUAUUCCACUUUCACAGGCUACCUGCUUUACCCACUGGAUUCUACUUCUGUAUAAUUUAUCUGUGUGCGUUAUUUUGUAAAAUUUCAGAAAGAACUGUUUAACAGUGCUGAAAAUAUAUCAUGUUUCUUUACUGUGUUAAUCGUGCAUAAAUGUAAUUAAAAGGUCACUAUUUCAGAUAUACAGACAAAAACCAGAGUUCCCUCUUUACUCUUCUAUGGAACAUUGAUUUUCAUUCAGGCACAUCACUUGGCUAUCCAAAUGGGGACUUGUCAUAGACUUCUAUCGUUUUAUAUAAAGCUUUUAUUUUUUAUUUUAUUUUUCUCAAUUGAAUAUGUUCCUAGGUGGCAACUUCAUGAUGGCAGCCUAACAAAUCCACACACACAACACCAGUCAAAUACAUAUUCUGGGUUAAAUAAAAACUAAGCUUGAUUGACAGUAUUUGUGACACAUAGAAAGUAAGUUUGGUCUUC